AUGAGUGGCCGACGGCGUGGCACGCCUGGGGACAAAAAGGGGCGCCGGAGUGCUGGCCGCGGAGCCCCCGCCCCCGCACCAAAGAGCGAAACUCCUCAAGCAUCACAGGCAACCAUCGACGCGGAAUCUGCUGAAUGGACGGCACUUCUGAUAGCGAAGGGGGGCCCUCAGGGAGAGUGCCUGGGCUGGGGGCUAGACCGCGUCUCCGUCCUCGGUGGCUCUAUUGCUGCCACGCUUGGCAAGAGCCUGCCCUGCUGGGCUUCCGAGCAGCACAUUCACAUGGAGCGAGGUUGCAAACUGCUCUGGGACGUGAUUGUCAAACACUGGCAAAGGCAAGCCUGCGUCUCGAGCAGCCCGCUGGAGGCCUACAGCCACAGGUGGUCUCUGGCGCCACCCUCGCCGUGCCUGGCAGCCAUAUUCCAGCAGAAGUGGCUUCUGGCAGCCGACUCCUCGUCUGUCUCUGAGAAGCACGCCGUUUGCGGCACUGGAGAUGCUCCGGCAGAGCCUUUGGAAAUCCGGCAGCCGAGCCGUCAGGAGUUCUCUGAAUUUCCCACGCCGGCGGAGGAAGAGACAGACCUGAAACCCUGCAUCCGACAGCGGGUGGUCCUGAGCGGACUCACGAAAGACAUGUGGACGGAGGAGCACGAGGACACCAUGGAUCUCUUCCUGAAGGACGUCACCAAGCAGCUGCUGGUGGCCUACGUGGAGGAUGUGGCUGGGCUGAAAGUGGAGCUGGUCAUGCCAAGCCAGGAGCAGAGGCAGCUCACCUACUUCAUCCGCCAGCCAAAUGCAGAGAUCACAGAAGAGACUUUCCACAAGGUGGUGCAGUUUGGCACUGUCCGGAGACCCUACAUAGAUUCCCUGAUGCGCCUGCUCAACGCGAUCUACCUCCCCCGGCUGUUUCGUAAGGCGUCUUGGCCCGAAAGCAUCAAGAAUGAGUUUUUCUCUGAAAUUUACCACUUCAUGACCUCUCUCACAGACACUCGCUCCAAGAUGAGGGGUCGCACCGUUCUCUACAUCCCGAUUGAGGCCCUGGCCAUCAAGCCCGAAGUCGCAGUCAAGGACAAAGCCCUGGUUCAGCGGCUGGAGACUUCCAUGAUUCACUGGACCCGGCAGAUCAAGGAGGUGCUGAGAGCCCAGGAGGCGGUGGAAAACCGAGAGAGCGCCGGCCCGCUGGAAGAGAUCGAGUUCUGGCGGAACCGCUGCACGGACCUGUCCGAAAUCAGCAAGCAGCUCUGUAAACAGGGGGUGAGGCACAUCGAGUCCAUCUUAGUCCUCUCCAAGUCUUCCUACGUGUCUCCGUUCCAGCGACUCGCCAAACAGAUCCAGGACGGGUCGGAACAGGCUCAGUCCAACCUCCGGUUCCUGUCGAUCCUGAAAGAGCCAUUCCGGGAGCUCUCCACACUACGCCCCAAAGAUAUCCCCAAUAAACUGCCCUACCUCAUCAGCCUGGUCCGGAUCGUGUGGGUCAACUCCCCAUACUACAACAGCAGAGAGAGGAUCACGGCGUUCUUCCGGAAGAUGAGCAACAAAAUUAUCCAGAUGUGCUGCAAGGACAUCUCCCUGGAUCGCCUCUUUGAGGGCUACAUCGACUCCAGCAGGCAGACGCUCCACAGCUGCAUCGCCUGCAUGUCCUCUUGGAAAGAGUGCUACCUCUAUGCGGCCCACAUGCACAACAAGCAUUCUGGGAAAGGCUGGGUCCUGGACCAGACCAGCAUCUUCGCCCAGGUGGAUGCCUUCGUCCAGCGAUGCAAGGACCUCUUGGAGGUCUGUGAUGGUCAGCAGCACUUUGCCCGCUGGGAAGACGGCAAGCAGACUCCACUGCCCUGCUUCUUUGGCCAGCGUGGUCCGCAGAUGGCUCGGAGCUUGCUGGAGAUAGAGGAGACCUUCCAGAAGAACCUCAACAGUCUCCGGAACGUGAAAGGGGGAAUCCUGGAUGUGAAGAACACUUGCUGGCAUGAGGAUUUCAACCACUUCCGCGCGGGUAUCAAAGAUCUGGAGGUGAUGACCCAGAACCUGAUCAGUUCUGCCUUCGAGACGGUGAAGGACGUUGAACGGGGCGUGGAGAUCCAGGACAUCUUCCAUCACUUGUCCUCGCGAGAGGCCAUCAAGCGGACUUUCGACAAGAAGACGGUGGACAUCUACAUGCUGUUCAACAGGGAGCUCUCCCUGGUCAACAAGGAGCUGAGCAAGAAGAACCCUUUCCUGCCCCCACACAUGUGCCACUACUCGGGCUUGGCCCACUGGAUGCGCGGGUUGCGCCGGCGCAUCGACAAGCCCCUGAAGUGUCUCACCAGUGCCCACUUCAUCCCCCACAUCGGGACCGGAGAGGAGAGCUUCCAGUCCUACCAGCUGCUGGUGCAGGCCAUGGACGAGAUCGAGAGGAGGACCUUCCACGAAUGGACCCAGACCCUGGACAAGGACUGCCUGAAGCGCCUGGACACGCCCCUCCUCGUCCUCAGCACCGAGAAGCCGGGGAUGCUGGACAUCAAUUUUGACAAGCACGUGCUCAGGUUGUUUGUGGAGAUCCACUAUUGGGACAGGUUGCUUUUCGAGAUCCCCCACUACGUGGUCGAGCUGUACGACAGGAGGGAGGAUUUGCGCAACCUGCGCGAGAACCUGCUGCUGGUGACACGCGACUAUAACAGAAUCAUCAGCAUGCUGACCGCGGAGGAGAGGGGCCUCUUCCGAGAGCGCAUCCGCUACCUUGACCGGAAGAUCCAGCCGGGCCUCAAGAAGCUCCAUUGGUCCCUCAAAGGGGCCAGCACCGUCUUCAUCUCCGAGUGCCGCCUUCAUGCCAGCAAGGUGCAGCAGCACUGGCUGAACUACACCGUGAAGAUAGACCGGAUGAUGGAGGAGGCCCUGCGACUGAACGUCAAGUGGUCGCUGAUGGAGCUCUCCAAGGCCAUCAACGGGGACGGCAAGACCAGCCCCAGCCCCCUCUUCCGAGUGAAGGUCAUCCUGCAGGACUACUACCCGGUUCAGAGUGCUCAGGUGGAGUUUUCCCCGACCCUCGUCCAGCUGGCCAGCAUGGUGAAUGACAUCAGCGCCCACCUGAUCUCCAGCAUCUCCAUCUUCCGCCGCCUCCCAGAGAUCCUCAUCAGGCGCAAGCCCACCCGCGACCCCAUCUCUCUCCUUGUGGAGCGGGACGAUGACAUCAAGAAGAUCCAGGCGCAGAUCAGCGGCGGCAUGCAGAGCAACGCGACCCACCUCCAGACGUACCUGAAGACCUGGGACGUGUACCGCGAGAUCUGGGAGGUCAACAAGGACGCCUUCAUCAACCGCUACCGGCACCUCAACCCGCUUGUGUCGUCCUUUGAUGCUGACACGGCUCGGUACAUGGAGGUGGCCAACAACGUCCAGAAGGAGGAGACGGUGCUAAGCAUCCAGUUUGUGCUCCUGGACUGCUCCCACCUGAAGGCGGCCGUGGUGCAGCACUGCAACGAGUGGCAGAACAAGCUCACCAACCUGCUGAAGGAGAUGGCCACCACCCGCCUGCAGGAGCUCCAUACCUACCUCCAGCAGAACGCCGCAGACGUCAGCCGUCCCCCGCAGACCCUGGAGGAGCUGGGCCGGAGCCUGCAGCUCCACGAAACCCUGCAGCAGGAGCUGCCCAAGAUUGAGGGCCAGAUCCCGCCCAUCCACGAGCAGUUUGCCAUCCUUGAGAAGUACGAGGUUGCCGUCGAGGAAGAGGUGCUGCAGCUGCUGGGCGAGCUCAACUCGGAGUGGCUGUCCUUCCAGCAGUGCAUCCUGGACAGCGAAGUCAUGCUGAAGAAGCACAAGGAGAAGUUCAAGACUGGCCUCAUCCACUGUGCCGACGACUUCAAGAAGAAGGCCCAGAACCUCCUUCAGGAGUUUGCCUUCAACGGUCCUUUCACCAGCGCCUUGUCCGCUGACGCCGCCUUGGAGCAGAUCAACGCCAUGCGGCAGCUGCUGGCCUCCCUGAAGGAGGAGGAGAACACCCUCCGCUCCAACCUGGGGAUCUUCAAAAUCGACCAGCCCGCCUCCAAAGACCUCCAGAAGCUGGAGAGGGAGCUGGACUACAUCCAGCAGGUUUGGGAGAUCACCAAGGAGUGGGAGGUGCACUGGAACGAGUGGAAGACGGGCAGCUUCAAGACCCUGCAGACGGAGGUGAUGGAGACCACGGCCUUCAUGCUGUACCGGAAGCUGAACAAGCUCAGCAAGGAGCUGAAGGAUCGGAACUGGGAGAUCAUCGAGACCUCCAAGCUGAAGAUCGAGCAGUUCAAGCGGACGAUGCCCUUGAUCACCGAUCUCCGCAACCCGGCCUUACGAGAAAGACACUGGGAUCAGGUGAAGGACCUGGUCCUGAGGACCUUUGAUCAGACCGCGGAGGAUUUCCGGUUGGAGAACAUCGUUGAGCUGGGCCUGGAUCAGCACGUGGAGAAGAUCGCCGAGAUCUCUGCCUCAGCCACGAAGGAGCUGGCCAUCGAGCAGUCUCUUGAAAAUAUUGCCAAGACUUGGGAUGCCACCACGCUCGACAUUGUGCCCUACAAGGACAAAGGGCACCAUCGCAUGAGAGGGACGGAGGAUGUCUUCCAGGCCCUGGAUGACAACCAGGUGGCCUUGUCAACGAUGAAGGCCUCCCGCUUUGUGAAGCCCUUUGAGAAGGAGGUGGACCGCUGGGAGCGCUGCCUCUCGCUCAUCCUGGAGAACAUCUUCCUGGGUGAAGACAUCCGCAAGCAGCUGCCCAGCGAGUCGGCCUCCUUCGACCGCAUCAACAGCAGCUGGAAGACGAUCAUGGACCGGUUCGUCAAGGACAACAACGCCCUGCGGGCCACCCACUUCCCAGGCCUCCUCGAGAAACUGGUGGAGAUGAACGCCUCCCUGGAAGAGAUCCAGAAGUCCCUCGACAUGUACCUGGAGACCAAGCGCCAAGUCUUCCCCCGCUUCUACUUCCUUUCCAACGACGACCUCCUGGAGAUCCUGGGCCAGUCGCGCAACCCGGAGGCCGUCCAGCCCCACCUCAAGAAGUGCUUCGACAACAUCAAGUGCCUCAAGAUCCAGAAGAUCGGCACGACCAGCAGAUCGGAAGCCCUGGGCAUGUUCUCCUUGGACGGGGAGUACGUGGACUUCACCCACCCGGUUCUGCUGGAGGGACCCGUGGAGGAAUGGCUGUGCGACGUGGAGAGGGCCAUGCGCUGGACCUUGCGGGAGGUGCUGAGGAGCUGCCGACUCGCCCUGAAGAAGAUGCUGACCAAGAGGGACAAGUGGGUGAAGGAGUGGCCCGGACAGAUGGUGAUCACAGCCAGCCAGAUCCAGUGGACGACGGAUGUGAGCAAGUGCCUGACCACCUGCCGGGAGCGAGGGGACAAGAAGUAUCUCAAGGCCAUGAAGAAGAAGCAGGUGUCCAUGCUGAACAAGUACUCCGAGGCCAUCCGAGGCAGCCUGACCAAAAUCAUGCGCCUGAAGAUCGUGGCGCUGGUGACGGUGGAGGUCCACGCGCGGGACGUCAUCGAGAAGCUCUACAAGAGCGGCGCGGUGGACGUGACGUCCUUCGAGUGGCUGAGCCAGCUCCGCCUCUACUGGGAGAAGGACCUGGACGACUGUGUCAUCAGGCAGACCAACACGCAGUUUGCUUAUGGCUACGAGUACCUGGGGAAUUCCGGCCGACUGGUCAUCACCCCCCUCACGGACAGAUGCUACAUGACCCUGACGACGGCCCUCCACCUGCACCGGGGAGGGUCGCCCAAAGGCCCUGCCGGCACGGGCAAGACCGAGACGGUGAAGGAUCUGGGCAAGGCCCUGGGCAUGUACGUGAUUGUGGUGAACUGCUCGGAAGGCCUGGACUACAAAUCCAUGGGCCGCAUGUACUCCGGCCUGGCCCAGACGGGGGCCUGGGGCUGCUUUGACGAGUUCAACCGCAUCAACAUCGAGGUGCUGUCGGUGGUGGCCCAGCAGAUCCUCUCCAUCCUCUCGGCCCUGGCGGCCAACAUGACGCGCUUCAGCUUCGAGGGGCACGAGAUCAACCUGGUCUGGUCCUGCGGCAUCUUCAUCACCAUGAACCCAGGUUACGCCGGCCGCACGGAGCUGCCUGACAACCUCAAGUCCAUGUUCCGCCCCAUCUCCAUGGUGGUGCCGGACUCCACCCUCAUUGCCGAAAUCAUCCUGUUUGGAGAAGGCUUCAAUAACUGCAAGAUCUUGGCCAAGAAGGUCUACACCCUCUACUCCCUGGCCAUCCAGCAGCUCUCCAAGCAGGACCACUACGACUUCGGCCUCCGGGCGCUCACCUCCCUGCUCCGCUACGCCGGGAAGAAACGCCGGGUGCGCCCCGACCUGGCCGACGAGGAGGUCCUCCUGAUGGCCAUGAAAGACAUGAACAUCGCCAAGCUGACCUCCAACGACGUGCCCCUUUUCAACGCCAUCAUCCAGGACCUCUUCCCGGGCAUCGAAUGCCCCGUCAUCGACUACGGAAAGCUCAAGGAAGUGCUCGAGACGGAGCUGCGGGAGAUGGGCCUGCAGGUGAUUCCCUUCACCAUCACCAAGGUGAUCCAGCUGUAUGAGACCAAGAACUCCCGCCACUCCUCCAUGAUCGUGGGCAACACGGGCAGCGGCAAGACAGUCACCUGGCGCGCCCUGCAGGCCACCCUCUGCAGCCUGCACAAGAGCGGAGACACCUCCUUCAACGUGGUCCGGGAGUUCCCCCUGAACCCGAAGUCCGUUUCCCUGGGCGAGCUGUACGGGGAGUACGACCUCAACACCAACGAGUGGACGGAUGGCAUUUUGUCCAGCGUCAUGCGGACGGCGUGUGCAGACGAGAAGCCCGAUGAGAAGUGGAUCCUCUUUGACGGCCCCGUGGACACCUUGUGGAUCGAGAGCAUGAACUCGGUCAUGGACGACAACAAAGUGCUCACCUUGAUCAACGGCGAGAGGAUCGCCAUGCCCGAGCAGGUCUCGCUGCUCUUUGAGGUGGAGAAUCUGGCCGUCGCCUCGCCCGCCACGGUCUCCCGCUGCGGGAUGGUGUACACGGACUACAGCGACUUGGGCUGGAAGCCCUACGUCCUUUCUUGGAUUGAAAAACGCCCAAAGGCCGAAGCGGAGACCCUCCAGCGGAUGUUUGACAAGUUCAUCAAUAAGAUACUGACUCUGAAGAAGGAUCACUGUCAGGAGCUGGUUCCUAUCUCCGAGUACAGUGGGAUUGUGGCUCUCUGCAAGCUGUUCACGUCCCUGGCCACUCCAGAGAACGGGCUGAAUCCUGCGGAUGUCGAGAGCUACCAGACGGUGGUGGAGAUGCUGUUCAUCUUCAGCAUGAUCUGGUCCUUGUGUGCGGCGGUGGAUGAGGAAGGCAGGAAGAAGAUCGACAACUUCCUGCGAGAGAUCGAGGGAUCCUUCCCCAACAAGGACACGGUCUACGAGUAUUAUGUCGAUGGGAAGCGGAAGCAGUGGUCCUCGUUUGAAGACAAGCUUCCCAAGAUGUGGAGAUACCCAUCCAACGCCCCCUUCUACAAGAUCAUCGUUCCCACCGUGGACACCAUGCGCUACAACUACCUGGUCACGGCCCUCGUGUCCAACCAGAACCCUGUGCUGCUGGUCGGCCUGGUGGGGACAGGCAAGACCUCCAUCGCCCAGGGUGUGCUGCAGUCCCUCGACACGACCAAGUGGGCCGUGCUGACCAUCAACAUGUCUGCUCAGACGACCUCCAACAACGUCCAGAGCAUCAUCGAGAGCCGAGUGGAGAAGCGCACCAAGGGCGUCUACGUGCCGCUGGGCGGGAAGAGCAUGAUCACCUUCAUGGACGACCUGAACAUGCCCGCCAAGGACCAGUUUGGCUCCCAGCCGCCUCUGGAGCUGCUCCGCCUCUGGCUGGACUACGGGUUUUGGUACGACCGGACCAAGCAGACCAUCAAGUACAUCAGGGACAUGUUCCUGACGGCAGCCAUGGGGCCCCCCGGAGGAGGCCGAACGGUGAUCUCCAGCCGACUUCAGAGCCGCUUCAACCUCAUCAACAUGACCUUCCCCACAGAGUCCCAAAUCCGGCGAAUCUUUGGCACCAUGAUCAACCAGAAGCUGCAGAACUUUGAGGAGGGGGUGAAGCCCAUUGGGAACGUCAUCACCGAGGCCACCGUGGAGCUGUACAACAGCGUGGUCCAGAAGUUCCUGCCCACCCCGGCCAAGAUCCACUACCUCUUCAACCUGCGCGACAUCUCCAAGGUGUUCCAGGGCAUGCUGCGGGCGCACAAGGAUUUCCACGACACGAAAGCCAGCCUGACACGCCUGUGGAUCCACGAGUGCUUCAGGGUCUUCUCUGACCGCCUGGUGGACGCUCAGGACAUGGAGGCCUUCACCGUCCUCUUGAGCGAGAAACUGGGCACGUCUUUUGACCUGACUUUCCACAACCUCUGCCCCAACAAGCGCCCUCCUAUCUUUGGGGACUUCAUGCGCAACGUGUACGAGGACCUGACGGACAUGGCCGUCCUGAAGGCAGAGAUGGAGCGGGCGUUGGGUGACUACAACCGGAUGCCAGGGGUGGUGCCGAUGAGGCUGGUGCUCUUCCGGAUUUUCACCCGCAUCGUCCGGGUGAUCAGCCAGCCACGCGGGAACAUGCUGCUCGUGGGCAUCGGUGGCAGCGGGCGCCAGAGCCUAGCCCGCCUGGCCUCGUGCAUCUGCGAGUACUACAUCUUCCAGAUCGAGGUCUCCAGGCAGUACCGCAAACAGGAGUUCCGGGAAGACAUCAAGAGGCUCUACCGCCAGACGGGGGCCGACCAGAAGCCCACAACUUUCCUCUUUGCGGACACUCAGAUCGCGGACGAGUGCUUCCUGGAGGACAUCAACAACAUCCUCAGCUCCGGAGAGGUGCCUAAUCUCUACAAGUCGGACGAGUUUGAGGAGAUCCAAACCCACAUCAUAGAUGCCGCUCGGGCGGAGGGCAUCCAGGAGAGCCCGGACAGCCUCUUUGCCUACCUGAUCGAGAGGGUGCGGAACAACCUGCACGUGGUCCUGUGCCUCAGCCCCGUGGGCGACCCCUUCCGGAACUGGAUUCGUCAGUACCCGGCCCUGGUGAACUGCACCACCAUCGACUGGUUCUCCGAGUGGCCAAAGGAGGCCCUCCUGGAGGUGGCGGAGAAGUACCUGGAGGGCGUGGAUCUGGGAAGCGUGGAAAGGGGAAGCCUCGAUACGAUCCACAAGCGAGUGGCGAGGAUCUUUGUGACCAUGCACUGGUCUGUGGCCCGCUACUCCCAGAAGAUGCUGCUGGAGCUACGGCGCCAUAACUACGUCACACCCACCAACUACCUGGAGCUGGUCUCCGGCUACAAGAAGCUCCUGGCGGAGAAGCGGAAGGAGUUGUCCGAACAGAUCAACAAGCUCCGCAACGGGCUCUUCAAGAUCAACGAGACCCGGGAGAAGGUCGAGUUGAUGUCGCUGGAACUGGAGGAAGCCCGGAGGAAGGUGGCCGAGUUCCAGAGGCAGUGCGAGGAGUACCUGGUCAUCAUCGUCCAGCAAAAGCGAGAGGCCGACGAGCAGCAGAAGACGGUGACCGCAAACAGUGAGAAGAUCGCCGCCGAGGAGAUCAAGUGCAAAGCUUUGGCUGACAACGCCCAGAAGGACCUGGAGGAGGCCUUGCCUGCCCUGGAGGAGGCCAUGAAGGCCUUGGAGUCCCUCAACAAGAAGGACCUGACCGAGAUUAAGUCUUACGGCCGGCCGCCCACCCUCGUGGAGACCGUCAUGCAGGCGGUCAUGAUCCUGCGGGGCAGUGAGCCCACGUGGGCCGAAGCCAAGAAGCAGCUGGGCGAGCCAAACUUCAUUAAACAGCUGGUCUACUUUGACAAGGACAACAUCUCCGACAAGGUGCUGAAGAAGAUCAGCGCCUACUGCUCCCAGCCGGACUUCCAGCCGGACAUCAUCGGGCGGGUCUCGUUGGCCGCCAAGCCCCUCUGCAUGUGGGUGCGAGCCAUGGAGAUGUACGGCCGCAUUUACCGCGUGGUGGAGCCGAAGCGCGCUCGCAUGAACGCUGCCAUGGCGCAGCUGGCGGAGAAGCAGGCGGCCCAGGCGGAGGCCCAGGAGAGGCUGCGCGAGGUUGCCGAGAAACUGGAGAUGCUCAAGAAGGAGUACGAGGAGAAGCUGGCCCAGAAAGAGGAGCUGCGCAAGAAGUCGGAGGAGAUGGAGAUCAAGUUGGACCGGGCGGCCAAACUGGUCUCCGGCCUGGCUGGGGAGAAAAUCCGGUGGGAGGAAACAAUGAAGGGCCUGGAGGAAGACCUGGGUUAUCUCGUAGGGGACUGUUUGUUGGCGUCAGCUUUCCUGUCCUACAUGGGGCCCUUCCUGUCCAACUACCGGGAUGAGAUCCUCUCGCACAUCUGGGCCAAACAGAUCCGGGAGCUCCACGUGCCCUGCUCUCCGGGCUUCACGUGCGACGGCUUCCUCACCAACCCAACCAUCGUUCGCAACUGGAACAUCCAGGGGCUGCCCUCGGACAACUUUUCCACCGAGAACGGGAUCAUUGUCACGCGGGGCAACCGGUGGCCUCUGAUGAUCGACCCGCAGUGCCAGGCCACCAAGUGGAUCAAGAACAUGGAAGCCAAGAACGGCCUCAAGAUCAUCGACUUGCAGAUGCCCGAUUACUUGCGCAUCCUGGAGAACGCCAUCCAGUUUGGCUCCCCUGUCCUGCUGCAGAACGUGCAAGAGGAGCUCGACCCCACGCUGGCCCCCAUCCUAAACAAGUCCGUCACCAAAGUGGGUGCGCGCCUGCUGAUCAGGCUGGGUGAUAAGGAGGUGGAUUAUCACCCAGAAUUCCGCUUCUACCUCACCACCAAGCUCUCCAACCCGCACUACACCCCGGAGACCUCCUCCCAGACCACCAUUGUCAACUUUGCUGUCAAGGAGCAGGGCUUGGAGGCCCAGCUCUUGGGGAUUGUGGUGAGGAAGGAGAGGCCUGAACUGGAGGAGCAGAAGGACUCCCUGGUGCUCAACAUUGCUGCGGGCAAAAGGAAGCUGAAAGAACUGGAGGACGAGAUCCUGAGGCUGCUGAACGAAGCCACGGGGUCCCUCUUGGACGACGUGCAGCUGGUGAACACGCUGCAGACCUCAAAAUUCACAGCCACCGAGGUCACGGAGCAGCUGGAGACCAGCGAGACGACAGAGAUCAAGAUCGACACUGCCCGGGAGGCCUACCGCCCCUGCGCUCAAAGGGCCUCCAUCCUCUUCUUCGUCCUCAACGACAUGGGGAAGAUCGACCCCAUGUACCAGUUCUCCCUGGACUCCUACAUCGAUCUGUUCAACCUCAGCAUCCAGAAGAGCCACCGGAGCACCAAGCUGGAUGAGCGGAUCCGCUACCUCAACGAGUACCACACCUAUGCGGUCUACAGAUAUACCUGCCGGGGCCUCUUUGAACGCCACAAGCUGCUCUUCAGUUUCCAGAUGUGUGCCAAGAUCCUGGAGGUGUCUGGCAACCUCAAGAUGGAUGAAUACAACUUCUUCUUGCGGGGGGGAGUGGUGCUGGACAGGGAAGGGCAGAUGGACAAUCCGUGCACCAGCUGGCUGGCCGACGUCUACUGGGACAACAUCACCGAGCUGGACAAGCUCACCAACUUCCACGGCAUCAUGAACUCUUUCGAGCAGUAUCCCCGUGACUGGAACCUUUGGUACACCAACUCCAAGCCCGAGAAGGCCAUGUUACCAGGGGAGUGGGAGAACUCCUGCAACCAGAUGCAGCGGAUGCUCAUCGUCCGGUCCUUGAGGCCGGACCGCGUGGCCUUCUGCGUCACGGCGUUCAUCAUCUCGAACCUGGGCUCCCAGUUCAUUGAGCCGCCGGUGCUGAACAUGAAGUUGGUGGUGGAUGACUCCACGACAAAGACCCCGCUGAUCUUUGUGCUGUCACCUGGCGUGGACCCCACCUCCUCCCUGCUGCAGCUGGCGGAGCAUUCGGGCAUGGCCCAGCGCUUCCACGCCCUCUCCCUGGGGCAGGGCCAGGCUCCAAUCGCCACCCGCAUGAUCAAGGACGGCGUCCAUCAAGGCAACUGGGUGUUCCUGGCCAACUGCCACCUCUCGCUCUCCUGGAUGCCCCAGCUGGACAAGCUGGUGGAACAGCUGCAGGUGGAGGAGCCGCACCAGUCCUUCCGCCUGUGGCUCAGCUCCAGCCCCCACCCCGACUUCCCCAUCUCCAUCCUGCAGGCCGGCAUCAAGAUGACCACGGAGCCUCCCUCGGGCCUGAAGGCCAACAUGAAGCGCCUCUACCAACUCAUCACGGAGCCCCAGUUCACCCGCUGCACGAAGCCCUCCAAGUACAAGAAGCUGCUCUUUGCCCUGUGCUUCUUCCACAGCAUCCUCCUGGAACGCAAAAAGUUCCUCCAGCUGGGCUGGAACAUCAUCUACGGUUUCAACGACUCAGACUUUGAGGUGUCCGAGAACCUCCUGAGCCUGUACCUGGACGAGUACGAAGAGACGCCCUGGGACGCCCUCAAGUACCUGAUCGCCGGCGUCAAUUACGGGGGCCACGUGACGGACGACUGGGACCGGCGCCUCCUCACCACUUACAUCAACGACUACUUCUGUGAGCAGGCUGUGGCCGCCCCCGCCUACAGGCUCUCGGUGCUGGACAUUUACUACAUCCCCAAGGAUGGCAACCUGGGAUCCUACAAGGACUACAUCAGCCUGCUGCCCGGCAUGGACCCCCCGGAAGCCUUUGGCCAGCACCCCAACGCCGACGUGGCCUCCCAGAUCACCGAAGCCCGGACGCUCUUUGAAACCCUCCUCUCCCUGCAGCCCCAGACCAUGCCUCGGGGGAUGGCUGGGCAGAGCCGGGAGGACAAGGUGCUGGAGCUCUCGGCUGAUGUGCGCAGCAAGAUCCCAGAGGAGAUCGAUUACGAGGGCACCCGCAAGAUGCUCUCCACGGAUCCCUCCCCCCUCAAUGUGGUCCUGCUCCAGGAGAUCCAGCGCUACAACUCCUUGCUGCAAGUCAUCAAUUCCUCCCUGGUGGAGCUGGAGAAGGGCAUUCAGGGCCUGGUGGUCAUGUCGACGGACCUGGAGGAGAUCUUCAACUGCAUCUUCGAUGCCCGCGUGCCCCCCAUGUGGGAGAGGGCAUACCAGUCGCAGAAGCUGUUGGGCGCCUGGACCCGAGACCUGGGCCAGCGGGUGGAGCAGUUUGCCCGCUGGGCCAAGACGGCGCACCCUCCCGUGCUCUUCUGGCUCUCGGGCUUCACCUUCCCCACGGGGUUCCUGACGGCCGUCCUGCAGGCCGCCGCGCGGAUGAACAACGUAAGACAUGCCGCGAGAAUGCGGACGUCUCCUCCUCCAGGCUCAGUUGCCCGGUGUUCUCGAAUCGACUGCUGGAGUGGGACGGGGCAGCCUGGGCCCUGGGGUCCUGGGCUCGAGUGCCCCCUUUGCAGAACAUCCGAGAGAGUCCACAGAGUGGGCAGGAUGUACUCCUGCCCCUGCUACUACUGCCCCAACCGGGCCGGCGCCUCCGGGCGGCCCUCCUUCGUCAUCGGCAUCGACCUGCGGUCCGGAGCCACGCCUUCCGACCACUGGAUCAAACGGGGCACCGCUCUGCUGAUGAGCCUGGACACCUGAACGCCAGACGCCUCCCCAGC